GGAGAAAGUCUUUAGUCAACUGAUUCAUCCACACAUUCUCUCUCCAACUUUUCAUCGUCCGGAACCAGAGUCGUUGCUUGCUAGUUGUUCAAUUUUAUUUGUUUUUUGUUUUUUUACAGCUCCAAACAUGGAUGAGAAAUACCAGAGACUGGUGGGAAUAGAAAUGAAAUGAAAACACAACGAAAGCUUCCUUCUCUUCUUAUUCUUUUGCGGUUUCCGUUGGCAUGGGUCGUCGUCUUCUGUCUUUCUCAUCCUCUUUAUCAAUCAGCUUCUGCUUCUUUGCUUUCCUGCAAGAUGCGGUUUUCUUGGUCGUCGCCAAUAGGAACCAAAGUCUCACGCCGACGUCAUCGAUGCCCAUCAACCGCGAUCUCUACCAUUUCAGUGGCGAUUUGAUGGAGCAGAUAAAGGCUUUGGUCCAUCGUCACCCUGGCAAACUAACUAUGGAAACAAUUAAAUCUAGAAAUAAAGGCUAUCGGGCAGAGAUCUCGGUGGUUACAUAUUGCAGGGGAGGGGGAGAAUAUGAUGACAGGUCAAUGUUUCGGAUCCUUCUUAGUUUUGGCCAGCAUGGAAGGGAACUCAUUACAUCUGAACUUGCUUACCGGAUUUUGUCAAUCUUAAGUGAAGAGCAGUUUCUACCCAACAUGGAUCCAGCUUCGCUGAACAGUACCCUUGACAAGCUUGUCAUAAAGGUGGUGCCAAUGGAAAAUUUGAAUGGCCGCAGGCUUGUUGAAGCAGGAGAUCUUUGUGAGAGGAAAAAUGGGAGAGGAGUUGAUCUCAACCGAAAUUGGAGUGUAGAUUGGGGCAAAAAGGAAAAGGAUUAUGAUCCAUACGAGGAAAAUCCUGGAACUGCUCCCUUUAGCGAGCCUGAAACUCAAAUUAUGAGGAAACUUGCCUUAUCUUUUGACCCACAUGUAUGGAUUAAUGUACACUCUGGAAUGGAGGCUCUCUUUAUGCCAUAUGACCAUAAAAACACUACUCCUGAUGGACCUCCAUCACACCAGAUGAAGUUGUUACUUGAAGAGUUGAACUAUCUUCAUUGCCAAAAGCGUUGCAUGAUUGGAUCUGGAGGAGGCUCUGUUGGGUAUUUGGCACAUGGGACAGCAACAGAUUUCAUGUAUGACGUUGUAAAGGUGCCCAUGGCUUUUACAUUUGAGAUAUAUGGAGAUCGAGAAGCCUCAUCUAAAGACUGCUUCAAAAUGUUCAAUCCCACUGACCUCUCUACUUUCAAUAGAGUUCUCAACGACUGGUCUGCUGCUUUUUUCACAAUUUUCAAUUUGGGUCCACACCAACUUGGUGAAGUCCAUUCAAAGGAGCCUGUGUCCACUUUGGACAAGUGGGUUUCCAUUGAUGACUAUCUUGAUGGUUACUUGAUGGAGAGGAGCAGCAGAUAUGGGAAGAAGAUGGAAGUGCUCGAGCUUGGAAUGCAAGAGAUUAGAACGUAUUUCAGGCUCUUCUUGUUAUCCUCGGUAUUGUUAUUGUUCAUGUUCUGUUCCAGAAUUUCCAAAAGCAAGUACAAUAGACCAGUUAUUUCUGCCAUUCCCCUCUGACAUUUUUACGUUGGUGAAAGGCAAGCAGAGAUUGUUGUAUGUUA